UAUUAAUGUAGUAGAAAUUAAAUCUGAAAUGAAAUCAUUCGAGCUGUGAAAUUUUAUCGAAGUUUGGUAUAUAAAUACCAAUAUGGAUGUUUACGAAAAAUCAUUAAAUAUACUUGAUUGCGCUCCAACAGCGACAAUAGAGGAGGUAAAAAAAGCUUAUCGUAAAAAAGCUUUAUUAUGCCAUCCAGAUAAACAUCCUAAUAAUCCACACGCGACAGAAUUAUUCCAUGAAAUUUCAAAAGCAUUAGAAAUUUUAACAGACUUAUCUGCAAGGGAUGCUUAUGAAAAAGUACUUACUGCUAGAUAUCAAUCUAAGCUCCGUACUAAAGAACUUAGUGCUAAACGAAAAAAGUUCAAAGAAGAUUUAGAAGCAAGAGAAGAGGCAUAUAAAAAUAUAUCAAAUAACAAACGUUCUUUAACUGAAGAAGAAAAAUUGCUGGCUGAAAUAGAUCGAUUGCAAAAAGAAGGUUCUAAACUAUUAGAAGAGGAAAUAACCCGUAUGAGAAAAGAAAUUUGGGAACUACAUAAUUUGCCUCAGAAACAGACUGAUACAAAUGCAAAUUACAGAAUAAAAAUUAAAUGGAAAGCAGCUGGUGAUGAUUCACAAAAUGGAGGAUACAAUUAUGACACAUUAUAUCGUAUUUUGUAUAAGCAUGGUGACAUUGUUGCACUUGUUUUAUCAAGUGUAAAAAAUGGCAGAGCUAUGGUUGAAUAUAAAAAUAAGGAAUCUGCACAAAGAGCAGUACGAAUAGAAUUUGGUUUUGCAAGGAAUCCACUUACACUUGAAGGACUAUGGGAGAAAGAACAAAUAUCAAAUUUUCCAAGAGAAACUUUUUAUAAGUCUCAAAAUGUACCUAAUGUAGAAAAGAAAAUGUCAGAUGAAGAUUUUGCAACUUAUGAAGCUUUUGUUUUAAAUAAUUUAAGAAAAGCAGAAGAAAAGAAAAGAUUAGAAACAUAAAGAAUAAAGCAUUUUUCUAUACUGUCGAAUAAAAAAUUUAUCAUAA